AUUAAAGCCAAACACCUUUUUAGCUCUUCCAUCAUCAUUAUUCAUUCCAUAACCCUCUUGCAGUAGUCCAUUACAUCUGCCAACGGACAUAAACAAAACCAUAAUCCACCGCUUAUUCUUUUUCUGUUGCCCUUGGGAUUUUUAUCGGACACUUUCUCACCUUCCCACAACCGCACACCCACACUUCAAUGGCCAUCACGUCUCUCUCACUUCUCCAACCGUCUCUCUUCUCACCAUAUUCUUCUGCUUCUGUUUCUUCUUCUUCUUCGUCUUCUUUUUUCGGUGGGACCCAAUUCCUGGUCCACAAUAACUUCAUCUCUCUUUCUUCUUCUUCUUCUUGUACGAAAUUCAAUACAAGGGUCUCUGCGGGGCGCUUUAGAUCAGUAGUUAAUGCUUCCGGGGACUACUAUGCCACUCUUGGGAUUCCAAAGUCUGCCACUGGCAAGGAAAUCAAGGCAGCGUAUCGAAAGUUAGCACGCCAGUACCACCCUGAUGUAAACAAGGACCCUGGAGCAUUGGAAAAGUUUAAAGAGAUUAGUGCUGCAUAUGAGGUGCUAUCAGAUGAUAAAAAGAGGGCUUUGUAUGAUCAAUAUGGUGAGGCUGGAGUUAAGAGCACAGUGGGUGGGCCAUCAAAUGCUUAUACGACUAAUCCCUUUGAUUUAUUUGAGGCUUUUUUUGGUUCGAGUAUGGGUGGAUUCCCUGGUAUGGACUCAGCUGGUUUUGGAACACGCCGUAGUAGUACUGUUACUAAGGGUGAAGAUAUACGUUAUGAUAUCACCUUAGAAUUUUCCGAGGCUAUUUUUGGUGUGGAAAAAGACUUUGAGCUUUCCCAUCUGGAAAUAUGUGAAGUUUGUGCGGGUACUGGAGCAAAGAUAGGCUCCAAAAUGAGGAUAUGCUCAACUUGUGGUGGGAGGGGUCAAGUGAUGAGAACUGAGCAAACACCUUUUGGCAUGUUUUCACAGGUUUCUGUAUGUCCCUAUUGUGCUGGGAAUGGUGAAGUUAUAUCUGAAUACUGUCGGAAAUGUUCUGGUGAAGGACGUAUACGUGUUAAGAAAAAUAUAAAAGUUAAAGUUCCUCCGGGAGUUAGCGCAGGCAGUAUUCUUAGAGUUGCUGGAGAGGGAGACUCUGGACCAAGAGGCAGGGGCCCUCCUGGAGAUCUUUUUGUCUAUCUUGACGUUGAAGAGAUACCAGGAAUUCAAAGAGAUGGCAUAAAUCUCUCCUCGACCGUAUCAAUCAGUUAUCUAGAUGCCAUAUUGGGGGCUUUUAUUCAGGUAGAGACGGUUGAAGGCAGAACUGAACUACAAAUUCCACCUGGCACUCAACCUGGGGACGUGCUUGUUCUGGCAAAAAAGGGCGCACCAAAACUGAACAAACCAUCAAUACGUGGGGACCACUUAUUUACAGUUAAAGUAACUAUACCAAAACGUAUCAGCAGUGCCAAGGAGCGUGAAUUACUUGAAGAGCUUGCUUUUCUGAAUAGCACCACCAGCAGCCGUUCACGAACUCGUCUGAAAACUCAGCCAGCUCCUAAAAGCACAGUUAAUCAAGGGGGAAAUGUUGCAGGAAAAACAGAAGAGUCAGCAGACCAAGAUGACCCGUGGAAAAAGUUACAAGAGUUUGCUGGGUCUGUUGCAAAUGGAGCUCUAAAAUGGCUGAAAGACAAUCUUUAGACUUGAUACAUUUAUUAAGAGUGAUGAAAACUCACUGACACUUACCCUGUGCACCAACCAAGUUAGCUCUGGAUUUGUCUACUUCCAAAAAACUCGUAGUCAUUUGCUUCAUAGAUUACAAAAGUUCUCAGCAUUGUACCCUAUAUAGAUGGAAUUGCAGUCUAGUGGAUAUUCUUUAUUUAUUUUACUUGUAAAUUUUUGUUACUUGGAAAACUAACAGGAAUUUUACCUCUGGCGUA